AGAUCAGCGCAGCUCCAGUCUAGAGAGAGAGCGAGAGAGAGGCUGUUCACUGCGUACGGCUUCAUCAUCAUCAUCAUCACCGACAACACAUUACACACACGGAGCGGGUCGCCAGGCGCUCAGAGCCGCUCAUGAUGCGCAGGAUUCGGGCCAACGCCAUCCUCAUCCUCACCGUGGCCUGGAUCCUCGGCACCUUCUAUUACCUGUGGCAGGACAGCAAACCAUCCUCCUCAACAUCGUCGGGCUCCCAGCUAAAGAACCACGGGCAGAAAUCGUCCUCCGGGAGGCUGGAGGAGCGCACUCUUCCUCUGAUCGUAACUCAUGCACCAAAGCUGGAGCAGCAGGCUCAGCUCUUGGGCCAGUUUGAUGAAAAGGCUUUUCUAUCCAGUAAGCAGCUGAAGGCAGGUGAGGAUCCAUACAGAGAGCAUGCCUUCAACCUGCAGGAGAGUGACCGACUGGGCAGCGAACGCGCUAUCAGAGACACACGCCACUAUCGAUGUGCCUCAAUGACCUUUGACCCUGACCUGCCGCCCACCAGUAUCAUCAUCACUUUUCACAAUGAGGCACGCUCCACCCUGCUGCGCACUAUUAAAAGUGUACUGAUGAGAAGCCCUCCUCACUUGAUACAGGAAAUUAUUCUUGUGGACGACUUUAGCUCUGACCCUGAAGACUGUCGACUGCUCUCUCAGAUCCCGAAGGUUCGCUGCCUGAGAAACGAGCGCCGGGAGGGUCUGAUCCGGUCUCGUGUCAGAGGAGCGUCUGCGGCUUCGGCCUCCAUCCUCACCUUCCUGGACAGUCACUGUGAGGUCAAUGCAGACUGGCUGCAGCCCAUGAUCCAGAGAGUCAAAGAGGAUCACACGCGUGUGGUCAGUCCCAUCAUUGAUGUGAUCAGUCUGGAUAACUUUGCCUACCUGGCUGCAUCUGCAGACCUGAGAGGAGGUUUCGACUGGAGUUUACACUUCAAAUGGGAGCAGAUUCCUAUAGAACAGAAAAUGGCAAGAAACGACCCAACACAACCAAUCAGGACUCCUGUAAUUGCUGGAGGAAUCUUCGUCAUGGAUAAAAGCUGGUUUAAUCACCUGGGCCAGUAUGACACUCACAUGGACAUCUGGGGUGGUGAGAACUUUGAGCUGUCGUUCAGAGUGUGGAUGUGUGGCGGCAGUCUCGAGAUCCUGCCCUGCAGUCGCGUGGGCCACGUCUUCAGGAAACGCCAUCCUUAUGACUUCCCGGAGGGCAACGCACUCACCUACAUCAAGAACACGCGGAGAGCUGCUGAGGUCUGGAUGGAUGAGUAUAAACAGUAUUACUAUGCGGCAAGACCGUCAGCGCAGGGCAAGGCCUUUGGGAGUAUUGCGGAUCGGCUUUCAUUAAGACGGAAGUUGAACUGUAACUCUUUCCGCUGGUAUCUUGAGAACGUUUAUCCUGAACUCAAAAUCCCAGAGCAGGAAGCAGCAUACAGUCUCCUGAAACAGGGUGGCUUGUGUCUGGAGAGUCACGGCACAGAUAGUCUGGGUCUGGCUGAGUGUAAGACCACGCCGAACAUACCUGCCUCACAGAAGUGGACUCUGAUUGAACCACAGAUCCGUCAGCAUGACCUGUGUUUGGCCAUCACAGCCUUCACUGCAGGGUCAAAGGUCAGACUGGAGCCCUGCAACAUUAAAGAGUCCAGACAGAAAUGGAAGCCCAGAGGUCCAGCACUCCAGCACAUGAUCAGCGGCUUGUGUCUUGAUAGCCAGCCUCCUUCAGGCCCACCGCUCAUUGCACAGUGCCGCCCCCAGGUGGCCAGCCAAUCCUGGGAGCCGCAGCUGGUCACCUGACUCUGAGAGCUGACAGGGAAGGUGGGGAAAGGGGAGGAGUUUAGUCAGGUUGCUGAGCUCGAGGUGCUGCAGGAGCCAGAGGAAAACAUUUGCACACUGUUUUAGUUGAAGGUGCUGCUCUCAAACCAAUCGAACAUGACCAUGUCCAAAACAUCUGACCUCAUAUCUUUAGCGUGGAGGAGCUGGAGAGGGAGAAGCUACAUUUUGCCUGCCAAAUAGAAGCCUGAAGGGCGUCGUAACAACUCGUUUUCAGACAUGGCCAUGGAAUUCACACGGCAUGGUUUUGUCAGUUGACAGGAGUGCUUUGUGACAUUUUGGGUUAUUUUUCUGAAUGUUGCGUUAAGGACUCAGACAGCAGGAAAAAAAAGAGAUGUAUAUAAAUGCCUUUUACUACCUUUCCGACCCAUAACCUGUAUAUUCCCUCAUUCCCACUGAGACUGUGGUGUUUGCAGCAUAGGCUUCAAUAGCUGUUCUCAUGAAGGUCUGAGUUGUUGUUUUCUAUCACUGUGGAAGGUUUACGUUUGAUCAGUAUUAGAUUGGGAUGAAGUGCAAUGCCUCGAGAAGAAUCUGUAUAUACAGUGGAAACUGUCAGCUUUAAGACGACAGUCAAAGAUUAGCAGUAGUUCGCUGGCUUACUUGAAGAUUUUGAAAGAAGGACAGAAAAUGGCUCCAGAGAAAGCCACUAAUCCCACGGCUAACAUCACAGUGAAAAAACCUAAUGUUUUAGCAAAAAAGCAUUGAGAUGUCAACUUAAAUGAGGUGUAAAGCACUUUUAAUGAGCUAUUAUUCUGCAUGGAACUGUACAUCUGCACAAUGAAAAGGCAUCUGCGAACAUGUCAAGCCCAAAGACUGUUUUUCCUCUGUCUUAUUUGUUUGCCUUUUGAAACUUUGUAUUUACUUGAAGCAAAACCAUUUUUCAUUUUGAACAUGUGCUAGGAAGGUUAUGUUGUUUGAAAAAUAAAGAUUACACAAAAACUCACUGCAGCACUUUCUUAAACAGCUCAUGUGGA